AUGGGUGAAGUCUCUGCAAAAAGCUUGACAGUGGAAGCUUUGCCGGCGUACAGAGGACCGGGGCAAAUUGGUCUUUUGUGGGACCUAAUACGGGCGCCAUUGAUAGUCCCAUUGCUGAGAGUGAGUGUGUACAUUUGCUUAGCCAUGUCCAUAAUGGUGUUCUUGGAGAGGCUUUACAUGGGUGUUGUUAUUGUUCUGGUCAAAUUGUUCUGGAAAAAGCCAGAAAAGAGAUAUAAAUUUGAGCCCAUGUGUGAUGAUGAUGAUGAUGAUAUUGAGAUAGGCAGUGAAGCCUUUCCUACUGUUCUUGUUCAGAUCCCCAUGUUCAAUGAGAAAGAGGUUUACAAGAUCUCGAUUGGUGCUGCUUGUAACCUUUCAUGGCCUUCGGAUAAACUGGUGAUUCAAGUACUCGAUGAUUCUACUGACCUUCUCAUCAAGGAUAUGGUGGAGAAAGAAUGCAUUAGGUGGGGUAACAAAGGCAUUAACAUUAGGUACCAAAUUAGGGAGACAAGAGGAGGCUACAAAGCGGGUGCCCUAAAAGAGGGUUUGAAGCAUGAUUAUGUCAAGAAUUGCGAGUAUGUUGUCAUAUUUGAUGCCGAUUUUCGGCCCGAGCCCGACUUUCUCAGACGGGCCGUCCCGUUUUUGAUCCACAACCCUGAUAUUGCUCUUGUCCAAGGUCGAUGGAGGUUUGGGACGGGUGGAAUAUGGCGAAUUGCGGCAAUAAACGAGGCGGGAGGGUGGAAAGACCGAACGACGGUUGAGGACAUGGAUCUUGCCGUUCGAGCUGGUCUCAAGGGCUGGAAAUUUCUCUACUUAGGUGACCUUCAGGUGAAGAGUGAACUUCCAAGUACAUUUAAGGCCUUUCGUUUCCAGCAGCACAGGUGGUCUUGCGGUCCGGCUAAUCUCUUUCGCAAAAUGGUUAUGGAAAUUGCUACUAACAAGAAAGUGACGCUUUACAAGAAGUUUUACGUGAUCUACAGUUUCUUCUUUGUCCGAAAGAUCAUAGCCCAUAUGUUCACCUUCUUCUUUUAUUGCGUUGUGUUGCCAUUGACGAUUCUUGUACCGGAGGUUGAUGUCCCUAAAUGGGGAGCCAUUUACAUUCCAUGCAUAAUCACAACCCUCAACUCUGUUGGCACUCCAAGGUCAUUCCAUUUGUUGUUCUAUUGGGUCCUUUUCGAGAAUGUCAUGUCCUUCCAUCGAACAAAAGCCACGCUUAUCGGCCUAUUGGAGGCCAAGAGAGUCAAUGAAUGGGUUGUGACCGAAAAACUUGGAGACACCCUCAAGAACAAAUCGAAAAACAAAUCGAUUGCACCUAAGAGGUCCUUAUCCAAAUUCCUUGGAGAUAGAAUUUUGGUACACGAGCUCGGUUUUGCCAUGUUUCUAUUCAUAUGCGGAUGUUAUGACUUUUUGUACGGGAAGAACAAUUAUUUCAUAUACCUUUUCCUACAAGUCAUCACUUUUACGAUUGCGGGAUUUGGCUAUGUUGGCACCAUUGUCCCAAGCUCUUAA